GAAUAGAGUAGCGACGAAGUAGCUAAACCAGAAAUAACUAAUAAGACAUUCACUCUAAGACGGGCGGCCAGCCGGCCCGGACGAACGCGCUGUUACAGCGCUGGAUUUCGGUGACCAGAAAUAACAACUUGGGGACCACUAGAGAGGGCCCCCAACCGAAGAAGACCGCCGAAAGGCGGUCACCAAAUCAAGCAUGGAGCAGUUCGAGCAGCUGCUAACCUGUGCAAUAUGCCUGGAUCGAUACAGAAAUCCGAAGCUCUUGCCAUGUCAACACAGCUUUUGCAUGGAACCGUGCAUGGACGGCCUCGUCGACUAUGUUCGUCGACAGGUCAAAUGUCCGGAAUGUCGUGCCGAACAUCGUAUACCCUAUCAGGGCGUGCAAGCCUUUCCGACCAACGUGACACUGCAGCGAUUCCUGGAAUUGCACAUCGAAAUCACGGGAGAAUUGCCGGACCCGACCAGCGGUCAGACCAUGGAACGCUGUGGAGUUUGCUCUGAGAAGAGUUACUGUCAACUGUGCGUGCAUUGCGAGAAGAAAUGCUGUCCCGAAUGCAAAGAUGCACACAUGGAUAUUCUGAGACGCGAAAUUACCCGCAUCAAUUCUCAGGUGCGCAGAGGAUUGCACAGGCUGCAGGACGCGCUGGCCCUGGUAGAAAAAAACACGUUGGGCCUGCAGACAAACUGCGCUUCGGUCGCCGAGGAGGUGGACGAGAUUUAUCGGAGGCUGAGCAAGGCUUUGAAAGACCGUACGGAACAUCUGCGUAACGAGGUCGAUCGAUACCUCGGCACCGAGCUCAGAGGCCUGAUUCAGCUCAAAGAGAAUCUCGAAUUGGAAAUCGCGAAUAUCCAGAGCAACUGCGAUCUGGCGGAGGCACACAUAAAUGAAAACGUGCCAUGGGAUGACGCUGAGCUCCUGGACACAAAGGAGCUCUUCCUGCGUACGGUGGAAUUUAUCAGGAACUUCGAAUAUGAGGCGGGGGAUUAUAACCGACGAGUCCGCUUCGUGAUGGCGCACGAUCCGAAUCAGCUUGUCCUUCACGUGGCGGGUUACGGCGAAUUGAACAUUAAACCGGAAAGCGGGAGCGGCGGAUUGCUGGGUAGCUCCAGCAGUUUAGCCCCACCGGUGGGUUCGCCUGGUCUUAUGAGAAGCAAGAGCGAUCACCGUCUCGCCUCGCAAUACAGGCAGCAAGAAGAGGAACGACUGGCCAGGAAUCGAUACGUUCCCGAAUACGAGUACGAUGCCCCGGAGUACGAGGUACCCAGGAACAAGUCCAGGUAUAGAAGUCGAUUUAUGCGGCAUCGGGACGGUGACGAUUCCGACGGUGACACCAGAUCAACGGUGAGAUUCACGUCGGCGCCGCCGGAGUCGUCCAGCUUACGGGAACGCGUUCUGGACACGGAGGAUGCCGCACGCGGUCCUUUGUCCGGUAUAUUUCGCUUGACAGACUCGCCACGAGUCAUGAAGAAGCUGCAGGAGCCCAUGCCGCAACCACAACCACCUAAACCGCAGGUACAAGUGAGAAAGGUACCGACCGCGAUGGCGAGACAGACAAGCGAGGAUGACGAGAUCUCGAGGAUCAAGAAGCAGAACAAGAAUGCCGCGGCGACUGCCGUCCACACCGAGACGGUGGAGGAGAGACAGCCGACUUCGAUACCCGCCCCCGUUCAUCCGCCGCCACGAGAACUUCCGGAACGGGAACCGGAGGAACAGCCGGUCAGAAGACCGGCUAUUGUCAGGAGAACUUCGGAAACUCACGCACCCCCCGCGGCCAGGAGUGCCUCAUCGGACUCGAGCACCGGAUCCGAGAGCUCGGGAGGAUCAGGGAUACGCAGUACGGGCGCGCCGUUCACGGCCGAGGAGAUGAAACAGAAGUACCUGUCAAGAGCACCCCCGACUAGCACGACGACCACCAUCUCCACCACAACCGGUAGAGAGCCAUCGAACACUGCCCCGCCGACUCCCAGACCGCCGUUUCAGAGCCGUUUUUUAGGCGCAGGUAACCGUGCGGCUCCACCACCGCCGGUUCAGACGUCGCGUGAGGAACCAGUGGCGAAGAAGAAGGAAGAGGAGGAGGAUGAAGAUGAAGAGACAAGCAGAGAGGAAGAGUCGGAAACAGACGGUCAUCCGUCCAAGACUACUCCAACUACGACUUCCGCUGCUUCUCAAGAUCGUCAGAGAAGCGAAUCCGCCAUGGCGCGCACUGACAUUGGACCUCUUCUUGCUCGCAGCGCUGAAGCUAGGAGAGGAAGCAAGGAAGAUUCGCCUUCCACCAGGUAUUCGUCACCGAGGGGCAGCCCCGCGCAAUCCGUGACGACGAUGACGGCGACGAUGACGACGCCGAGCGGCGGCGGCGGCGGCGGCGCCGCGAUGACGACGACGUCGACGCCGGGCGGCUACACCAGCAGAUUCUUGAACAAGAGCAGGAGUCAGGCAAUGAUGGCAUCUCGCGAACGGGAACGGGAACGUGAACGCGAUCGCGAACGCGAACGCGAACGUGAACGCGAGCGAGAGCGCGAUCGCGAGCGUGAACGCGAACGGGACGUGGACGUGGAGAUCGACUCGCCCUUGUCGACGAGAUCCCGCUACGCGGCUCUGAAGGAACGCCGACAACGUCUUGCCCGUUCCAGAAGCUCGCACAACUUUGGCGGCGACGACGUUGACCUGGACGAAGAACCACCGUCGCCAACAACUCAGUCGCCGAAUGCUUACCUGGCGGCGAAGUACGGCGCCGGCUCUGAACUGGCACGGAGUCGCAGCACCCACGCCCUAAAGUCAAGGGAGCCGAGCCCGGAACGUGAUCGACCGGGCACGGAAAAGGACGGCGCGGCAUUGAGCUCUUGGGCCAGAUAUCUCAAGAAUAAAUACGGUAACCGCACCACAAAGGACAAGGAACCGCCAUCCUCGUCCUCCACGAUACCUUCGUCCAGCACCAGCGCAGCUUCGCGAAGGUUGUCGUUAGGUUUGCCUCUAAGGCACACCGGGCAAACAUCCUUUGAAUCUUCCGACGACGACCAAAAAAACCCGUCAGGCUCCCCCACGUCCCCUACAGCAGCUCCCGUUAUACCCGCGGCAGCAGGUUCCUCCACUAGCAAUGGUCGGAGGAGUCAUUACUUGCUGAAGCGGCGGCAGCUGUUUAAGUUUGGGAUGCGGGGGAGCGAAGCCGGAUGCUUUACCUGGCCGAGAGGCCUCGCAGUCGGCCCGGACAACUCCAUCGUCGUGGCCGACAGCUCCAACCAUCGUGUUCAAGUAUUCGACGGUAAUGGGAACUUCAUGAAGGAGUUCGGAACGUACGGCAGCAACGAGGGUGAGUUCGAUUGCCUUGCCGGGGUGGCCGUAAACCGAAUCGGGCAGUACAUCAUCGCGGACCGCUACAACCACAGGAUCCAGGUGCUCGAUCCAUCUGGCCGCUUCCUACGGGCCUUCGGUUCUCAGGGCACCGCUGAUGGCCGAUUCAAUUAUCCUUGGGGCAUCACCACCGACGCUCUCGGAUUCAUCUACGUAUGUGACAAGGAGAAUCACCGCGUGCAGGUAUUUCAAUCGGACGGUACGUUUGUGGGUAAGUUCGGCUCGUGCGGUAGCGGACGCGGCCAGUUAGAACACCCGCACUACAUCGCGGUGAGCAAUACCAAUCGAGUGAUCGUCAGCGAUGGCAACAAUCACCGCGUGCAGAUAUUUGACGUGAACGGUCGCGUGUUGACGUCCUUCGGCUCGGAGGGUUCAGACGAGGGCCAAUUCAAAUUCCCGCGGGGUGUCGCCGUAGACGAUCAAGGCUACAUCAUCGUCGCCGACUCUGGCAACAAUCGUAUACAGAUUUUCAGCCCCGACGGCGCUUUUCUCAAGUCCUUCGGCUGUUGGGGCAGCGGCGAUGGCGAAUUCAAAGGUCUCGAGGGUGUAGCUGUCACGUCAACAGGCAACAUCGUCGUCUGCGAUCGCGAGAAUCACCGGGUUCAAGUAUUCUGAGUUCUCGAUUAUUAACACUGAAGGAACUCUGAUGAAAAGGAUACCUAUUGUGUUGGCCGAUAUUUGUGUUUAUUAGUACUUUUAAUAAAUGAGCAAAUAUUUAGAAAAUAUUUUUAGACAACACCGCAUAUUUGGAUAAAAGAAUACAACGCCUACAAAUCUGAA